CAAACAUUCAAAAUAGAAGACAUGACUUGUUCAUUUAAAAAGAAUUUUUUAUGUUGUUUUCCAUUGUUGUCUGGAUGCUUAGUAAUUGGGAUAAUUUCGUCUUUAGCAGGAACAUUUCUAUUAAUUUAUACAUUAGCGACGAUUCCAGUUCAAAGACUUUCUAGCCUAAAAACAUAUUAUUACUUUAAGUAUGUUUUUUUCUUGACAAUUCUGGCGGUUUAUUAUGUUGCACUCAUUUAUGCAGGAAUUUCAGCAAUGUAUGGAGUAGUUAAGAGACUACCAAAAAAACUACUCCCGUUGUUUUUAGCCAUGAUUACUCAUCCAUUCAUGGUCAUUUCCUACAACAACGUUUACGCAACUGACUGGAAUGGAGAUCAUUACAACGGUUUUCAAUACUCAGGAACUCCAUUUUUUGAAAGAAAUGGCGUUUACAUUUUUAUAAUUGGACUAGUUUUUGCUGCAUAUUCAGCUUUUUGCAUCUACAAUUCGAUUAAAAUGAUUGAGGAUAAUCAAAUUGAUAAAAAGCCUUCGGUCUUUAAAUUUAAAAUUUUAGAAUUUUCAACAUUUUUUGGAAUAAUGCCAUUGAAGUCUGGAGGAUUAAUAAUUGGUACUGCAUCUAUUAUUCUUGGAAUAUAUUUCUUCAGUUCUAUGAUUGUUUCAAUUCCAUUUGAGAUGCUUUCUAUUCAGGAUACUUUCUUUUUAACAAUGUAUUAUGGUUCACUAGCUUUUGAUUGCAUUUUCCAUGUUGCACUCGUGAUUGGAGGAAUUUUGAUGAUUCGAGGAGUACUUCAGAAAAAUUAUGAAAAUAUGAAGCCUUUGAUGAUAAUUCUCUUUAUCCAACCUGCCAUGAUUUACUUCUUCUUUCAAGUUUACAACACAAAUAACUCAAUAGCCAUCCCUGUAGUAAUAUCAUAUAUUACUUUAACAAUUCUUGGUGUAUAUUCAGCAUUUUGCAUUAAAAAUUUACGUAAAAUAAUUAAAAAUGAAUCGCUGAUUAUUGACGAGAGUUUAAAUGCAAAAUCUUAAAUUGUAUUAAUUUGUUCAAAUUGAUAAAGUUAAGUCAAGCUUU